CCAGCCCUCGUUAUUGCCAGGCCAAAGAAACAACCGCUGUAAAGGUGACAUUUAGCUCUCUAGUCACCGCAGCUCAAUCAGAUCCUAAUUAAUUGUAAAAACUCUCAGAUUUGAGCAUGUCUUCGGUAUGGAGGACGGCGGGUGUCCUCCGGGCGGGCCUGCAGCACUUCAGACGCGGACCUCAGCGGAUGACCGUCAGAAAUUCAGGAGAUGCUCAACAUUACAGGCAGCCUCCACCCAUCGCCAAGAACCAGAUAUUUAAUGCUAAUCUCUUAGGCGGCUUCAUGUGGUUCUGGAUCUUAUGGCACACCUGGCACAAACCGGACGCCAUCCUGGGUCACUUCCCCUGGCCGGACGCUUCAGCUUGGACUGAUGAGGAGCUCGGGAUCCCACCUGAUGAUGAAGAGUAGAUUCAACACCUCAUUGUACGUACGCAAUCACAUCUUUUUCUGUCGAGGAAACUGAAAGUUCCUGUUAUAUAUAUGGACUUAUUAUCAAGUCUGAUUAUAGAAGUUGCAUUAUAAAAUAAAACAAUAAAAAGAAAA